CUCCAUAUUCAGCCACUGCAACAAUCCCUGCAACAACCGGACUAGCACUGGGAACAGCUACCACUUCUACUGGUCUUGGUGGGCUAGGCCUAUCAACUGCCUUCUCCACCCUAUCAUCAGGAGUACAAUCUCUUGGGACAGCUACUACAACUAACACUGGAGGACUCUCAUUAGGUGGACUGUCAACAACAACAGGUUAUGGACUUGGUUUAGGAAGUAUUUCUACUCCAGCAGUGUCCUCUACUGCAGCCGGCGGACUUGGACUAGGUGGAUUAGCUACUACCACAACAGCUACAGGUUUAUCAUUGGCAUCUAAACCUUUGAGUAUACCAGCAACAACAGCAGCAACCACCACAACUGCUCAAGGGGUUGCAGGCACCUCUAUGAACUACCGCCAACUUGAGGAGUCUAUCAAUAAGUGGACAGUAGAUUUGGAAGAACAAGAAAAAGUCUUUUUGACUCAAGCUACACAAGUUAAUGCUUGGGACAGACUUCUGAUUGAAAAUGGUGAAAAGAUUAAAGUACUUCAUGGUGAUGUUGAAAAGGUAAAAGUUGAUCAACAGAGGUUGGAACAUGAACUAGACUUCAUACUCAGUCAACAAAGAGAGUUAGAAGAUAUGUUGAAACCGUUAGAAGAAUCCGUCAAAACCCAGCAGAGCUCGGUCUAUGCGCAACAUGCUGAUAUUGAAAGAGAACACACAUAUCAAAUGGCAGAGAACAUAGAUGCACAGUUGAAGAGGAUGGCACAGGAUUUGAAGGAAAUAAUAGAACAUGUUAACAAUAUGAACACAUCAUCACAAGAUAGCAAUGAUCCUAUUCAGCAAGUAGCCAAGAUUUUGAAUGCACACAUGGAUUCAUUGCAAUGGGUUGACCAAAAUACAGCUCUCCUUAACAGAAAAGUAGACGAGAUCUCAAAGCAGAAUGAAAUAGUACGUAAACAACAAGAAAGAAGC